CACGCGCCCUCUAUAAACUGACCCCGUACCGCGAAGCAUAUGCUGAUCGAAUCCCAAGAUUAAAUCUUAAACCUUGAUAUCUCCGAAGCUUUUGUUUCUCCCGGUUCCAUUUCCAGGUUUCGGCUGCGAAUUUCGUCCGUCCCCGUUAGAUUUCUGCUUUUUUGGUGGGGUCUUGAUUGAUGGAAUUCAAGAAAAUUAGACUUAAUGGAAGUAGAACUGAGGAAUUAAAAGAGCUACUAUCAUUCCUGGCUUCAAGCUGGGGAGAUGUUUUGGAUGUAAAUAGCUUGAAGGUUAUCCAUUUGAGUGGAGCAAUGACUAAUCGGGUGUAUAAAAUAAGCUGGCCUACAAAGAAGGAAAAUGUUUGCAGGAAGGUUUUGCUUCGGGUUUAUGGUGAAGGAGUUGAGCUUCUAUUUAGCAGGGAUGAUGAAAUUCGGACCUUCGAAUAUGUCUCGAAGCAAGGCUAUGGACCUCAGCUUCUCGGGCAAUUUCCUUGGGGACGAGUGGAAGAGUUUAUUGAUGUCAGGACACUGUCAGCCAGGGACCUCCGAGAUCCAGAAAUCUCUUCUUUGAUAGCAGUGAAAUUGAGACAGUUUCAUAACAUUGGGAUGCCUUGUCCAAAGAAAGCUGUUCUUUGGGAUAGGUUGAGGGACUGGCUAGGCAAGGCCAAAACCUUGUGCACUGCAGAAGACAUAAAGGAAUUGAGGUUGAAUGAUUUAGAUAAGGAAAUUGAGACGAUAGAGAAGGAACUUUCAAAGGAUUCACAAAAGUUUGGCUUCUGUCACAAUGACUUGCAAUAUGGAAAUAUGAUGUUCGAUGAGAAUACAAGAAGCAUAACCAUAAUUGACUAUGAGUAUGCUAGUUACAAUCCAAUUGCUUAUGACUUUGCAAACCACUUCUGUGAAAUGGCAGCCGAUUAUCACACUGAAACCCCACAUGUUUUGGACUAUACAAAGUACCCUGGUGUAGAGCAGCGCCAUAGAUUUGUACACUCGUAUCUUAGUUCUGCAGGCCAUCAACCAAUAGACUCUGAAGUCAAACAGCUAGUUGAUGAUGCAGAAAAAUACAUCCUUCCAAAUCAUUUGUUCUGGGGAUUAUGGGGAAUCAUCUCGGGAUACGUGAACAGUAUUGACUUCGAUUACAAGGAAUAUGCUAGACAAAGGUUUCAUCAAUAUUGGCUGAAGAAACCCGAAUUCAUCAGCUGAAAACAAGAGUAAUGGAACCUGCAACAUUAUUAGAUGUAGCAGAGAUUAUUGUUGUUCACUAUGAUGUUUUGUCACAGGAUAUAACCUGUGUUAGGAUGGCAUUCAUUUCUAGAAAUGAAUUGCUUCUGUUGUUCUGUAGUAAAAGUCCAGAGAGGAUAUCAUUCUUUCUUUAGCAGAGAAAGUGUUUGUUAUUACUGUUGUGUUUGAUUUCAACUAGUGAAAAGAAAGGUUAUUUUGAUUUCUAAAGCAAA